CAUCUCUGCUUUGCUUUGCUACUGCCUCCAUCUCCCUACCCUCAUCUCCUUCGUUUCUUUGUCAAUUGCAACUGUUGCAAUGGCAUCGCGGCGGCUCGCUCUGAACCUUCAGCAGGCGCUGCGCAGCCGUGCUGCCAUCAAUGCCAUCCGGCCCAGGCAGAGGUUUGCGACCGCCAUCAGUCACGGUAGCAAGACCGAGUCAACAACUUUAUCCAAUGGCUUCACCAUCGCGACUGAGCACUCUCCCUGGGCACAAACAUCGACCGUGGGUGUGUGGAUAGACGCAGGAAGUCGUGCAGAGACGGACAAGACCAAUGGCACCGCCCAUUUCCUAGAGCAUCUAGCAUUCAAGGGUACCGAGAAACGGACACAACAGCAACUAGAACUUGAGAUUGAAAACAUGGGUGGUCACCUGAACGCUUAUACAUCGCGCGAAAACACCGUGUACUACGCCAAGUCGUUCAAUUCCGACGUCCCAGCCACUGUUGACAUCCUUGCCGAUAUUCUCCAGAAUUCUAAGCUCGAGCCAGCAGCUAUUGAACGCGAGCGCGACGUCAUUCUUCGCGAGCAAGAGGAGGUUGACAAGCAGCUAGAGGAAGUUGUCUUUGACCAUCUUCAUGCAACCGCCUUCCAAGGCCAGGCUCUCGGUCGCACGAUUCUGGGUCCGAAGGAAAACAUUCAAACCAUCAGUCGUGACGAUUUAGUCAACUACAUCAAGACGAACUAUACUGCUGAUCGCAUGGUUCUUGUUGGUGCUGGUGGUGUUCCACAUCAACAGCUCGUUGAGCUUGCUGAGAAGUACUUUUCCGGCCUUCCCGCAGCACCACCAUCAGAAUACGCGGCUCGCGUAGUCGCUGCACAGAAGGCAAAGCCGGACUUCAUCGGCUCCGAGGUGAGAAUUCGAGAUGACACACUGCCAACAGCCAACAUCGCUAUCGCUGUCGAAGGUGUGAGCUGGAAGGACCCGGAUUACUUCACUGCUCUUGUCACUCAAGCCAUAGUUGGUAACUGGGAUCGCGCAAUGGGUAGCUCGCCAUACAUGGGCAGCAAGCUCAGCACCUUUGUGCACAACAACCACCUGGCAAACAGCUUCAUGAGCUUCUCCACCAGCUAUAGCGACACCGGUCUUUGGGGUAUCUACCUCGUCACUGAGAAUAUUGGUCAAGUCGACGACCUCGUCCACUUCACUCUCCGCGAGUGGUCCCGCCUGUCGUGGUCCGUCUCGGAGGCUGAGGUAGAGCGCGCUAAGGCCCAGCUCAAGGCUUCCAUUCUUCUCUCACUUGACGGCACAACUGCCGUAGCUGAGGAUAUCGGUCGUCAGAUUGUUACUACUGGUCGACGUUUGAGCCCAGAGGAGGUCGAGCGUGUUAUCGGCUCAAUCACGCACCACGAUGUCAUGGACUUCGCGAAGAGGAAGCUGUGGGACCAAGAUAUCGCUAUCUCGGCGGUAGGUCGGAUCGAGGCUCUGCUAGACUAUAAUAGGGUCCGGAAUGAUAUGUCCAGGAUGCUGUCGUAGAGAUGUGCCAAGUUGUGAGGAAGAAGAUGAAGGAAGUAGUGUGAAAAAUGUACAUUUAUCAUCUGUGCGAAAGGCUACUUUUUUCUCCUUAGGUAUCUGCCUUGUGAGAUAGAUGUAGACACUGCGUAUCUAAAGUCUACUUUUCUUUGAUAACGGCUUCCUUGAAACAUUGCCGGCUUCCGUGUCCGAGGAGACUGCUGAGAGUCAGUAGCCCUUCAAAGAAGACUUUUUCAGUUUAUAGUAAAGAUGCAGUCAAUGAGUCUCCAGAACGUUGGGUUUCGAGAGGAAAGAUGACUCAAUAGCAAAUGAUAGCACGAUGUUGGCUCGUCAAA